GCGCGGCAGACAGUGUUCGCGCGUCGACCUAUCGAGACGGUUAUCAAGCGGCUAAGUUGACUGAUUUUUUUUAUUCGACAAUAAUUUUCAACGUUUCUAACGUGUCGUUAUCGUACAAUUUAAUUACUGUGUGAAACAAGUUUUUUUUUACGUUGAACGCGUCGUGAUAUCGCCCACUUGUGGGUUUGAUUUUCCUUUGUUUGGAAGCGAGUACGAGUUUCCGCGGUAUUUGUGUGCAAUUUUUGGUUUAGUAUUCUGGAGAUUGAAGUGAUUUUGUUAGUGAAGUGAGGAAAAUAUGGAACGACUCAGGGGAAACGCCAAGAUGAUCCUGUGGAGCUGCUUCUUCGUCGUUGUCGCUGUUUCUGCACAAGGGUACAAUAAUCCGACGGUGGAGGUCGAGCCGAGGGAGAAGGUUGUCGUGAAGGUGGGAAAACCCCUCAGGGUGAUGUGCAGAAUUGGGGUGCCUCUUGCUGGAUGCAGGGUCGAAAUACCCGGACUGGCACCCAUUAUUCUCAAACCCAAUCAGCCAUCGGACGAUGGUAUCAGCUACGAUGGGGCUGGGCUUGAGACUGGGCAGUGUGGGGUUACAAUUGCUAAUGUCAAGGAUAGUUAUCAUGGAGAUUUCAAGUGCGCACUCCAACCCGCUGACAGCAGGAGUGAGACCAUUGGAUCACUCAAAAUCAUCGUUGCAAAGCCACCACCAAACAGACCUGAACUCCUUCUGAGUCAGGCACCAGGGGAGAGAUACAAGAAGGGAGACAGAAUUGAAAUGAGCUGCAGUGCCCUAGCUGGACGACCCAGUGCAAACGUCAGCCUCUUCCUCGACAAUGAGACACUCCCACGAGACAAUUCACGUUUUGCUUACAAUACAAAUGAGGACUCAAUGGCCACAGUAAAUGCUUCUCGUAUACUCGAUUGGAGUGAUAAUGGAAAAUAUAUUCGUUGUGUGGCUGAACAUAUUGCGUUGGACACACCCAUGGAGGCUCACAAACAGCUGCAAGUUUACUUUCCACCCCAGGAGCAACCGACAAUCGAACGCUUCGGUUACGUUAUCGGACGUGCAGGAAUCAUAAAUGCAACAGUUUAUGCGAAUCCGAAGCCAAACUUCGUUUGGAAAGUAGGUGAUGAGGAAAUAACCGAGGGGAGAACUGAUCAAAGCCAACGUCUGCAGACCACAACAGCGAGGGAAACGAGACCAGGACAGUGGUACGUGGAAUUAAAAAUCGACAGUGUUCAAAAAAUCGACACUGAAAAAUUCUACGUUCUGGAGGCACGAAAUCCCGAGGGCACAACUAAAUAUCACUUCCGACUCUCAACAUCGCCUGUACCUGAAGGUUUUGAUCUCGACGCGGGCUUCAUAAUUGGAAUCGUCGUUGGAAUUUUGGUGCUCCUCCUUCUCAUUUCCCUCAUUAUUUUCGCCCGCGCGACUGGUCGUUGGUGCUUCGCAGGUGGAUCAUCUACGAGGAAUAUCGGCGAAUCAGACAUAGGAGAUCCGGCAGCGAGCAUUAGACUCCUCCGCUUCCACAAACCGAAAACAGGCGAUGCCACUAGUGGGCAAAGAAGCGACACUGAGAGCGCUGGACGAUAUUCGAGGAGUGAGACUGAUGGGGGAUCUGGAAGACCUAAGAGACCCAGGAUUAUGCUGUCCCAAUUGUUCAAGAGGAAUAAGGAUAAAGUCGCUGGCAGUGAUACUGAUACUAUGAGAACUGUUGUCACUGUUGAUGAUGAAAAGACCCCAGAGUCAGGCGAUGUGAUGCAGAAGAACCAAACGGCUGAGGGUGGUUUAGUCUACGCUGAAUUAGAUUUGACACAACGAGAGGCAACACCACCUAGACGUGUCAGUGAAGAUAAGACAGAAUACGCAGAAAUUCUGUACACAAAAACCGAAAAGAACAAUGAGGAAGUAACUGAUAAAAAAUAAAAUCUCCGCAAUCGCUAGAGUAGCGAUCGAAUUCCAAAAUUACUCACAAAAUUUUCAUUUUUCCAAUCAAAAAUGUCGAAUGAGAUGAAAUUCAAAUGAUAAUCACCACAAGACUAACAUGUAGCAAUACCUACAUUAAUAAUGUCAAUAUGCAAUGUUAAUAAUAAUUAAGUGCUAAGCACUCAUUUCAAUACACCGACAAAAAAAAAAUGUAUACUAAAACCGUCGAUUCGCGUAAUCAAGCAUUGAAUUAUGUACUUAAUCUAUUUACCCACAAAAACAAGUUUUAUAAUGAUUUUUUGUACAUUCUGUUGACAAUGUGAGAGUGAUAACAAGUGAUUGAUUAAUAAUUAUUAAUUAGUCAUUGGGUUGAAGUGAUAUUUUCAUGAAGUACAAAGUUGGUGGAUAAUCACUCGUGUCACUCUCAAAUUGACACCCUUUAAUCUACUUAAUGUAUCUUACAUGUAAUGAUUCAUUCCCAUGAACAAAUUUUAUUCGUGUCUAUAAUCAA